CGGCUCCUCCUCCUGCUCCUCCUCCUCCCACUUCUGGCUUUUAACUGUGCUCUCCAACGAUUAUCCCAGAAAGCAUAACCAAUACCUCUUGAUUUCUCAACACUAUGGACUCAGUAGUGGAUGUCCUGAUUGCCGGCGGUGGUCCAGCCGGUCUCACUGCAGCCCUCACACUGGCCCGCCAACUCCAUACAGCCGUCGUAUUCGACAACAAAAGCUAUCGUAACGCGAAUGUCUCUCAUAUGCAUAUGAUUCCAACCUGGGAUCACAGAAAUCCAGCUGAAUUCCGUGCCGAAGCUCGCGACGAAGUUCUCUACCACUAUGACACUAUUAAGAUUGAGGAUGUGGACCUCAAGACAGCAGAGAAGACCAGCGACGGACUUUUCCAACUCGUCGAUGCGAACAACAAGGUCUGGAAAGGGAGAAAGCUGAUUAUUACUACCGGUUCAGAAAAUGUCUUCCCUGACAUUCCCGGAUACGCAGAAGCGUGGGGUCAGAGAAUUUACCACUGCCUCUUCUGUAAAGGGUACGAAGACCGCUAUACAGACAGUGCCGGCGUGCUCGCCAUCCAAUCCGCUGGCAAUGUACCCAUGGCCAUGCAUCAGACAGAAUCGGCCGCUCAGCUCGCCCGAAAGGUGACCAUCUACACGAAUGGGGCGGAGGAACUCGGGGCUCAGAUUACAUCGACCCUGACCGACAAGGACAAGUCUCGUAUCACAGUUAACAAUACCCCAAUCAAGAAGCUUGUUCAUACCCGCUCCUUGGUUUACCUAGAGCUCGCGGAUGGCACAACUAAGGAAGAAACCUUCCUGGUCCAUAGCCCCAAUACAACCGUCAAGGGCUCGCUUGCCAGCCAACUUGGUCUGGAGCUUACCCCAAUGGGCGACAUUAAUGCCGCGCCGCCGAUGCACCAGACCAGCGUGCGCGGUGUGUUUGCGGCGGGUGACUGCAUCACUCCGUAUAAAGUUAUCGCGGGCGCAAUUUCAAGCGGUUGCAAUGCAGCGGUGGCUGCUUCAGCACAGCUAUUGGCGGAGAAGCAUGGUCAUCAGCCACUGUUUUGAGUGCCUUGCAGUGAGUGUUGAGGAGUGGUAAUCUUUGCGAACAGUACCCAUUGUGGUGCAUCUGCUGGUUGGGUGAUUUGCUUUAGUUACACGUUUUUAUGUCGUUGCGGCUCAUUUGUCUAUCAUAUCGUCAUCGGAAUACUAAUAGGUGUGCUCAUCGCGGGCGAAGAACAGCCUGGUGGGAUAGGUGACGAUUGACUGAAUUGUAUGUGACCACUGAAAGAGCGUCAAACUAAGAUCUCAGUCCUUGAAUCAAAUGGUAUUUCUGUACUUAAGGAACAUUAUUAAGGCAAUAAAGGCAAGGCAGAGCAGAGUCCUGUUGAAUCAAUAGAAAACAGAGAGAGUGCGUAUGAUUAGUAUAAAAAACCGCAAUGCGCAGUUGUAUCAUCUUAGGUGACUGAUGUGAUCCGCGAAUAUAUAAACGCACACCGACUCC